AUGACCAAUGAAGCUGCCUGGCUCAAGGAGCCCAAAGCCAAUGUCGAAAUUGCGCCGGCCCCGAUGUACACUCCAGGUCCCGGAGAUGUGUUGGUGAAAGUUGAGUCGAUUGGAUUCAAUUCCAUUGAUGCGAAAAUACAGAAGCACUCCGCGCUCCCCAUUCCUUAUCCUGCCAUUCUCGGGGUUUCCUUCGCUGGCGUAGUCGAGGAAGUCGGUCCCGCCGUUACCUCCGUACAAUUGGGAGAUCGCGUGGUCGUUAGCAAAUGUCCUGGUGGUGGGAACAGCUAUAGUGCCUUUCAGAAGUACGCCCUCGCCAGGGAAUCUUUCCUCGCGAAACUCGACCGGAGCACUACUUUCGAUGAUGCAUCUGCGGCAAUAACCAAUUUGGCUACAAUAGUAGCGGCUUUGACCAUACAGAUGGGACUGCAGCGUCCCCCACUUUCCGGAAAGGCGGAACCCAAUGGGAAGAGGGUCCUCAUAUAUGGAGGCUCAUCGAGCUGUGGUCGGUACGCUACCAAGUACGCUUCCGAUGCUGGAUACGAAGUUGUCACGACCUCGUCUCCAGGACAUAGGAAAACCGUGGAGGAGCACAAUCCUUCCUACAUCAUCGAUCAUACACUGCCUCAUGAGAAGUUGAUCAGCGAGCUCAAAUCUCACGGCCCCUACGAUGCUGUGUUCGAUGCCAUUGGCACACCCCCUGUGACGGCUAUGCUGGUUGCCAUGUUCGGUGAGAAGGGAGGAUCAUACCACACUACUUUGCCUCCUAUGGGCGACGAGCUGAUUCCAACCAACGUGGAGAGGACAUUUGCGUCCUAUACCGCUUUGCUUAACAAGAACGAAAAUGAGGAUGUUCGAAAAUGGUUCUUCGAACAGUAUGUUCCGAAGGGGCUGGCAAAUGGACAGAUUAUCCCGAGCAGCAUAAUCAAGAAAGAGAACGGUCUGAGAAGUGUGCAGGAAGUACUGGAUAGCAUUUUGAGUAUUACUGGAAAGCGAUUCGUUGUUAACCCCCAAAAUUAG